AUGACUACAGUGUCGAUUUGUCCUUGUUAUCAAACAAAUAUUUUCGUAGGUGUAGUAAAUAUGUAAUGCCAAGAGUGGUGCAACAUCUUUUAGUUUGCAAAUCGGAUCAUCGCUGGUAUUACUGCAUUGCUUGUCCCAUGCGUUUGCAUUCUACAUUUUAACUGGCUGACUUAUUGGGGCUUUGUGUAUGGGGUAGUACUGUUAAUUGGAGCCGUUUUAUUGGUGGUUUCGACUUUUAGAAAAUACCGAGCGUUGUAUUUGGCGUAUGAAUGUAUAAUUGUAGGUCAUAAACAAAUUCAAAAAGGAAAUCGCCUUGUGAUCUCUUCAGGCCUGCAACGUAAUUGGAUUAUUUAUCACCGUCGGAAAAUCGAUCGGCUAUGUAAUUGCCCUAUCGCGGGAUAACAUAAUCGACCCUCCAAAAGAAAAAAGGGAUAUUUUAAGAGCAACUCAUAUCUUUAUCAUUGUGGCAUCAAUUAUCUGCGCCUUGAUUUUAAUUUGGUGCGGAUAUAUUGUGAAAAAUGGAUAUAAAUUACUGAAGAGACAAGGAGCCUUUGAUGGAGUUGCCGAACUCUCACAUAGUAAUAUUUGA